ACAAUUGAUGCAUCAUAAACAUCAGUUGGUAAGGCCAUCUUCCAGACAACAGCGCGGUAAAUGACACGAAAGCAACAUUACAGCACGGUGCACGUCACUAAGGGGGACAGCACAUAGCCUGCAGCCAAGUGGACAGCAAUGGCACCGAUAAGACCAAACACGAAACGCAUCGAAUUUGCGGAAGUGAGCGGGCGGGUGGGGCCUCAACAGUAAUGUGACCACAGACGCCGUUAGGAUUGCGUGAAACGAAGCGUUAUGUAUGACCCUACAAAGACCCGUGGAGAUUUUUAAGGCCGGACGCGAAAUGAGACGAGGACGUGCGCAAUGUUGAAGGAGCGACUGAAAUAGUGUUUAUAUGCACUAAUUGUCUGGCGCUGAGUGAGAGGGCUAACUAACACCAAGAGGAUUACCAUCAUCACACAACCGAGAUCUCAUGACUGGAGCAAUGUGAAACGCUGAUAUCGCUCAUUCCUUCAGUAUAUUGAGGAAUAAUAAUGAACAACGCGCAAGAUAUGUCUCCCGAUUUUGUCUUGAUGCGCCUGGUCUCCGCGGCCGAGGAUGACCGCUUGGACGAGGAGAAUGGGAAUCUGUCGUCGGGCACUGGACUGACGGUGGCUAUCAAGGGGAACUUUGAAUGCACGCAGAAUCACGGCCACAUCUCGGCGAUGAACAAAGCUCCACAGGCCAGCGGAACGGAGGCACCUGACGCGGGAGUGAUGGCGACUAGACCUGCGCUGUCUGUGCCGCCGCCUCCUCUUCAUUCAACCGAGGCCCACGGGUACGAUCUCACCCACCGAGGUGGAAUGGGGCCUCAGCUGUUGGUAUUUAGAAACAUAUCGAGAGACUCUGAAGGAUUUGCCGAGAACAGCUCGGAGGAUCAGCGCAGGGCUUUUGAGGACCAAGCGGUACUCGCUUCAGAGUCUGGCGCUGUGGACGCUCAGCAUCCGCCUACAUGGACGCUGCAUCCACAGCUCAAACUGCCAGCGGUUGCUACGGAUACGGAGGGAGCCGAACUGUGCCACCGGCAUCGCUUGAUUACAGACAAACAAGACUGGCCGCCGAUGGUGGAUCACAAAACGAGCUCGAUGACAGAGUCGGGCUGGAGCUGUACGACGGCGCAGCGGCAGCUCCAGCUGCCCGACGGUCCUGUCCUGGAGCUAGCGAGGAAAUUCGGCGAGCUGGGAGUCGCUCCGGUACCCGAAUUUCUCCUCAAGGAUGGUGAGCUGCAGCACUGCUCGUGUCAAAGCGUGCUCGGCUCGGCUGGAAUCAGGCAGGGAGAGGACCCGACCGAGACCAGCGAUGCUCUGCUGGUGCUGGAGGGCCUCGGGUCAGAAGAGGUGAACGGCCUGGGCAUCAAUGCCUGUCAGAAGACCGAGUCCCAAAACAAUGAGCCGGGUGCGUUUGCGCUCAAGUGUUUCCCGUCGGUGCUGUCCGGACAAGCAAUGGGGGUGUCCGGGGGACUUUGCUCACCGGCGUGUUGUUUGUUGCGAGACUCGGUAAACACCAGGCCUCAGGCUCCCACCACCGACAAACUGACUCCCGAGGUCUUAUCCCAAGCCGUAUCCAGGCAGGACACUCCGUGCUCUAGCCAGGCGUCCACACCGAAGGCCCGGCCGGACAGGAGCACGACACGGGCGCAACUUUCCGCUGCGAGCGGAGGAGAGAAGACUCUGAAAGUACCAGGGAAAUCCAGGAAGGGCUCGCUUAAAAUACGCCUGAGUAAACUUUUCAGAACUAAAAGCUGUAGUGGCUCUAACAACCUUUUGGACAAGAGACCUUCAGUCACGUUCUCCAUAUCCUCAGCGGGCAGUUUAGUUGACAUGUCUGGAGCGUGCGGAGGGGAACAAGACACGGCCAGCCAACCUGGACUAACAAGGGCACAAAGUGCCUUCUCUGCGGCCUCUUUUACUCCCGUUUUCACAGGAGAGACGGUGUCUUUGGUGGAUGUGGACAUCUCUCAGAGAGGGAGGAACUCCCCUCAUCCUCCCACUCCUCCACCUCCCCCUCGGCGGAGCCUCAGUCUGCUAGACGAUAUAGGUGGGCCGCAGCCUGGGCCUUUCCUAGUGAGUGUAAUGGGGGCCUCCCUGCAGUCUCUCCCUCUGCCUCUUCCUCCUCCUCCCCCUCUCCACGCUACCAUCCAGCAUAGUCUCAGCCUCAAUGAUGCUUUCUUCCGGGCACUUCCUCAUUCCGCCGCAUCACCAAUGGAGACUCCGGCCCCUGCCAGAGUGGCCCCACCCCCGAUCAUGUGUCCACUGAGAGGGGCCGAUUCCAGCAGCUUCACUGCCAGCCUGAGAGAGUUGGAGCGGUGUGGCUGGUAUUGGGGGCCGAUGAACUGGGAGGAUGCUGAAAUGAAGCUAAGAGGAAAGCCAGAUGGCUCGUUUUUGGUGCGGGACAGUUCAGACCCACGAUACAUCCUCAGCCUCAGUUUUCGCUCACAGGGAGUCACACACCACACGCGUAUGGAGCACUACAGAGGAACUUUCAGUUUAUGGUGCCACCCUAAAUUUGAGGACCGCUGCCAUUCUGUGGUUGAAUUCAUUGAGCGAGCCAUCAUGCACUCUAAAAAUGGAAAAUUCCUCUACUUCCUACGUUCACGUGUACCUGGGUUGCCCCCGACCCCUGUGCAGCUGCUCUAUCCAGUCUCACGCUUCAGUAAUGUGAAAUCUCUCCAGCAUCUGUGCCGUUUCUGCAUCCGACAACUCGUCCGCAUAGACCACAUCCAGGAGCUGCCCCUCCCCAAGCCGCUCAUUGUCUACUUGAGGAAGUUCUAUUAUUAUGAUCCAGAGGAAGAGAUGUAUCUGUCAAUCAAAGGCAUGCGCCAGGCAGCAGGUGUUGAACAGGAAGCUGAGUCUGAAACAUAGCCAGAUCGCUCCUUUUCACUGAUUUCUGUGUGUGGGUAAUAGAUGGAACAGCGCAUGGACACUUCCUGGUGCACAGCUCUGCUCCAACUCCCUGCCAGUCUUCCAGCAGAAGCCAAUGAACGUCAGCUGACUGGCCCCUCCUCUUGACCAAUACGUGGACAGAGGGAGUACAGAGGAGUGCUGGAAUACUGUCUAUGUUGAGCAGGCAAAUAAAUCCAGAGACUGACAUGAUAGACAAAAGACUUGAAAGGUCACUGGACAGUAAACAGUGGACUUAAAAAAUAAUAAGUUAAACAAAAAAACGAACAAGGACAUUUGACUUGGGGUACUAGCAAAAGCCUUCAUCUGUAGGUUAUAUUACACUGGAGUUUUUAAACUGGCCAGUUUGUGAAUCCAUCUCUGUUUGGUUCUUCUUUCUUUCCUCAUCAGGCCCCUGCCCCUGGGUGGAGUGUGUGACCCCUUUAUUUGUCCUUUCCCUGAUUGUAACUCCUUCAGUCUGAUCAGGCCACAUGAACUGUAUUUUGAGUAAAAGACAAAGUAAACUUGAAAAUAAGUGGU